AUUAUUUAUACUCCUCAACCCCCAAAGCACUUUUCCAUAACCAAUCCACUUCACCUGCUCUUCCUUUGAUUCCUUUACAGUUAUUAACACUCACCGGAAAACUCAAAACACUCACUGGAAAGCAAAUAAUUUCGGUAAGGUUAUCGAAGAAAUUAAAAUGGCGCCGUCGACGAACAGUUUAAUUCUAUCGCUUAAGGUUGUACUAAUAUCAAUUGGUGCAGUUUCCUUAGCGAUGGUAUUAAAAGCGUCUAUUCCGUUAGUUUUUUACGAACUCCCAACUAUUUGGAGUGCCGUUAUAGCUUGGCUUAAGCCUCCGUAUCUCUACGUUGUGAUCAACGGUAUUAUCAUCAUCAUCGCCGCCACUUCUCGUUCCUCGAACCAUAAGGAGUCCAGCUCCAGCGAUCAAUUUCAGCCGUUGAUUACUGCUAGAACACCUCCACAGUCAGAUUUGAUAGCGAUUGCUCAUUCGGGGCUUCAUUCAGUCCAAAGUGAAGUGAAGGAAGUGUUGGAGGCGGCCUCGCCGCUGCCGGUGAACGAACCGCUGGUGUUGGAGGUUAAGCCUGUGGUGGUGAACGGCUCUAGUAUUGUGGAUGUGAAUCCUGCAGAUGAAGGUGUGAAUGAUGAGCCUGUUGACAGUGAUGCGAUUGUGAUUUCGAAAUCUGUUGUGGCUCCAGCGCCGGAAGCUGACACUGAAACUGAGCUUCUUCUACUGAAGGCGACGGAGAAACCUCUGGUUUCUUCUAGGUUUGGUAACCGGAAACCGCCUGUGAAAACGAGUCCAGAAGGGCUGAAGGCACUGAGGGUGGCAAGGUCGAAAAAGCCGGAGACAUUAGAGAACACAUGGAAGAUGAUAACAGAGGGGCGUCACGUGCCACUCACGAGACACCUGAAGAAAUCAGACACCUUUCAAGACCACAGACGUCACGUGACGGUGGACGCUCCGGAGGAAAACGAGAAUUCCACCACCUUUCAACAGCCGCAGCAGCAGAGGCACGUGCUUAAGUCGGAGACGUUUAAGGACCGAACAAACUACGACUCGCCGUCGGCUUCGCCGUCUCCGUCGGCAGCGAAGCUGGUGAAAGAGCCGUCACCGAGUGCCGACGAGUUGAAUCGGCGAGUGGAGGCGUUUAUCAAGAAGUUCAAUGAAGAUAUGAGAAUGCAGAGACAACAGUCUAUGCAGCAGUACAUGGAGAUGAUUAACCGUGGCGUCUAAAGUAACGUCUUAGUAAAUUACUCUUUUUUAAUCUUCAUUUCCAGUAAAAAAAAGAAGGGUUUUUUUUCCUUUUAAAAGAAAAGGUUGACAAAGAAAAAAAAAGGGAACAAAAAAGAAAGGGGUUUGCAAUAUGGAUUUAACUUUUUUGGUUUUUGGGUGACUAGUUCUUGUUUGAUAUUCAUGUAUUGAAAAUAGGAAGUAUAGGGAACCUCUUACUGUACAAAUUAAAGUGGAUAAAUCAAAUACAGUGAAUUGUUCUUUUAU